UGAAGGGGCAAAGCUUCGCCUCGUGCACGUCCAAUUAACCGCUGAGGCGCCUCAUUGAACCGAGGCUCCCUUAUCCGCAAUCCCCCAACCGUGCCGGCCCAUCUGAUUCGAUACUGGGCGGAGCGAGCGGCAUCAACACUGGGAACCUCAUCGCCAAUUUCCUGUUCCUUUUGCCUUGGAGGAGCAUCGCCAGGCGAAUCGUCGGCAUGCACCAGAACAACAACCAACGCGUCAGCACGGCACCAGGCGCAGCGGGCGACGCAAUUGUCAUCGUCGGCGCGGGCAUCAUCGGCCUGGACGUUGCUCUCGUACUGGCUGAGCGGGGGCUGGGGCCUUUCAUCACCAUCAUUGCAGAGCAUCUGCCCGGAGAUACGUCUGCAAACUAUACGUCGCCUUGGGCUGGAUGCAACUUUUCCGGCAUCUCAGGCACUGAUGCAAAUGCUCUCAAAUGGGAUCGCCUGGGUUACGCUCAUCUCAUCAAGCUCGCCUCUGAGCAUGGGGAUGAGGCGUAUAUCCGUCGAACAGACUCGAUAGAGUACUGGGAUGAGCACGUGCCCCACGACAAGAUCAAGGCCAUUUCCGAGUAUCUUGAAGAUUUUAAAGAGAUUCCAAGCCAGGAGCUUCCCGCCGGCGUUAGAUUCGGCAUCUCCUUCACCACCCUGACGCUCAAUGCCCCCAAGCACAUUGAGUAUCUCUUCCACAGGCUAAGGGACCAAUAUGGCGUACACUUUGUGAGACAGAGGUUUCCAACCAUUCAAGCCGCAUACUCCAGUCCGACCACGAGGGUUGUCAUCAACUGUACCGGCCUCUCAGCAAAGACGCUGCCUGGGGUGGAGGAUGCCAAGUGUUACCCGACUCGGGGCCAGGUUGUCCUCGUAAAGGCACCGCGUGUGAAGCGGAAUAUUAUGCGUCAUGGAAGGGACUAUGAAACGUAUGUGAUUCCGCGACCUGGAACGGAUGGCCAUGUCAUUCUGGGGGGAUACAUGCAAAAGGGCGUGAGCGACGGAUCAACGUAUUCAUAUGAGACAGAGUCCAUCGUCAACCGAUGCGUUAAGCUAUGCCCCGAGCUGCAGCCCUUCGAGAUGAUCGCCUCAUUUGCAGGCCUACGACCAUCCCGCGAAGGCGGCGCACGCAUCGAGAGGGAAGAGAUUGUCGUUGAUGGUAAGAAGAAAGUUCUUGUGCACAACUACGGCGCUGGAGGCACUGGGUAUCAAGCUGGAUAUGGCAUGGCAUUGGAAGCGGUUGGCACUGUGGACGAUGUAUUGCGAGAUUUGGAGCGGGCCAGUCGACGAUCGCGGCUGUGAGGGUUGUAUGAGACGGCCGGUUGUUGUAUACAUUUACUUGUUUGUUUAUUUGUUUGCUUAUUUGUAGAUUUGGGUUGCAUAUGGUUUCAGUAUAUCUCAGUUUUUAGGUGUAAAUCGAAAACGGGCACAUGGAUCGGGGUCAAAGUCGAUGUUUUGUGACACC